AUGCACAUUCAUACACACAUUUAUGUCACAAACAGACCGAUCAAUUCACUAAUUUAUGCCAUAUCAGUUGAUGUGAUCAUUUUAAUUCACACUUUUAAUAUGUUAUACUCAUAUAAUAGACGUUCGUUUAAAUUCAAUGGAAUUCUACUCCUAUCACUCAUAUUCCUAGUCGAAUGCUUCCUAAUUAAUACUGAUGCAUACACUUUUAAAAAUAUCUUCAGAUAUUUUCAUAAGCCUAAAUGUGGCUACCAGUCGUGCAAUCUAGGGAAACCAGGAUAUCUGAAUGUUCAUUUAGUACCGCAUACACAUGAUGAUGUCGGUUGGCUGAAAACAGUAGAUCAAUAUUAUUAUGGUGCAAAUAAUACAAUUCAACGUGCAGGUGUCCAGUACAUCUUAGACAGUGUUAUACAAGCUCUUAUUGACGAUCCGAAUCGAAAAUUUACAUAUGUUGAAAUGGCAUUUUUCAUGAGAUGGUGGACUGCACAGACUUUGACAAAACGUCAAAUAGUUAAAGAUCUAGUCCAGUCGGGUCGAUUGCAGUUUGCUCUAGGCGGUUGGAGUAUGGCUGAUGAAGCAACAGUCUAUUACGGGGAUGCUAUUGACCAGUUAACACUUGGUCGAGAUAUGCUGAAACAGUUAUUCGGCAAAUGUGGUCUCCCAUUAGUUGCUUGGCAAAUCGAUCCAUUCGGUCAUUCACGUGAUCAUUCUGAUUUACUUUUAGAAUCCGGUUAUGAUGGUGUCUACUUUCAACGUAUGGAUUAUCGUGAGAAGUCGGCACGUAAACGAUUUAAACAAUUAGAAGUUCUGUGGGAUACAGGUGUAGAAAUGAAUGAAACAGGUUAUGGCCUAUUCACAAGUAUGUUUCAUGAUUCAUAUUGUUAUCCAAAAUCAUUCUGUUUUGAUGAUAAGUGUCUUGAUGAACCGAUCAAAGAUGAUCCGACACUUGAAGGUUAUAAUGUCAAGUCACGAGUGGAUGAAUUUUUAAAUUAUAUCAAUACAAUAUCGAAAGCUUUUAAAACAAAUCAUGUAAUGGUUUUGAUGGGUUGUGAUUUUACCUACGAAAAUGCUAAUAUCAAUUAUAAAAAUAUGGACAAAUUAAUCGCAUACACUAAUCAACGUCAAAAAUCAGCUGGAAGUCGAGUAAAUCUACUGUAUUCAACACCAGCUUGUUAUACAAAAGCAGUGAAUGAAGAAUUCAAUCAAAUAGGUGAAAUUAAUCGACGUGGUGGAGAUUUCUUUCCAUAUGCAAGUGGUCCACACUCAUACUGGACUGGUUAUUAUACGAGUAGGCCAGCAUUAAAGUAUUAUGUACGUCAAGCAUCAAAUUUACUGUCAAUGUGUGAACAGGUGCAUUUACACGUGAAUCGACUAUCCUAUAGUGGUGAUUAUCAAAAACAAAUCACCACAGAUGAAUUAAUUGAUGCAUUGCGGAAAACACUCGGCGUUUUACAACAUCACGAUGCUGUCGCCGGUACAGAAAAACAACAUGUUGCUGAUGAUUAUGCGUGGAGAGUUUCAAAGGCUACAAAAUUUUGUCAACUCUUAAUUAGUCAAUCAUUAACUAAACUCUUGCCGACAUUGAAACCAUUUAUUCAAAAUGAUACUGUUAUCUUUUGUAAUCUGCUAAAUAUUAGCUUAUGUGAACCAUUAGAAGGCGAUAGACCUUAUUUAAGUCAGUCGAAUGAUGGAGGUGUAUUCAUAAUUUUGUAUAAUCCUUUAGCAUGGAUAAAGCCCUCCACAUGGUUGCGUUUACCAUUAUAUAUUCCGGAAGAACAUAUAAAUAAUGUUCAGAUAAUAUUGAAAGAUUUACGGCUGAUAUCAUCACAUUCACCUGAAUCAUUAAUGAGCAUUGAUGAAAACCUUAAAUAUCAAUUGAUACCAAUUACUGGACGAACAUUAAGUAUACCUGAAAGAAAUAGUGAAAAACAUUCAACAAAUUAUGAAAUAAUAUUCAAUGUAAAAUCAUUAUCACCAAUGGGAUUUAAUUUAUUAUAUUUAGCUGUCAAUACAUCUACUUAUAAUCAAGAAUAUGACAGUAGUACUACUAUUACCAGUAGUAUUAACAGCGGUAGUAGUAGUACCUACAGAAACUUAGCACUGGAAAGCAAUCAGGAGUCUGCAAAUUCUGAUGAAAAAUCACAAUCAUCAAUAUCUAAAAGAAUACAACCUAGCAUAAAUGUUAUAAAAGACACAGAUAGACAACAAUACAAUAAUCCAUUAGUGAUAACAAUGAAACAUUUACGAACUGGUAAAACAAUGAAUUUAUCUGUUGAAUUAAUGUAUUAUUUUGGUGAAAAUUCGCAUCCUCAGCCUUCUGGAGCAUAUAUAUUUUUACCAAAAUACGGUACUUAUAUACAGGCGUUUCAUACACCCACAGUAAAUAUUAUAGAUGGACCAUGCGUUAAAGAAUAUCACUUACAGUAUGCUUCAUGGGCAUCCCUAGUUGUACGUCAUUAUAAUAAUGAUGAAUUAGAAGUUGAAUGGACCGCUGGACCAAUACCAGAUGAUGGAUAUAUAAACAGUCGUGAAUUAGUUAUACGCUAUACAAUCAACGAUGCAUUAGUUAAGAAUUCAGGAGAAUUUUUCACUGAUUCUUCUGGUAGACGUUUAAUAAGACGACUACGUAACAAAAGAGUUGACUGGAAUCUUCCAGUGAAUUUCACUGAAACUGAAAAUAUUGCUGGCAACUACUAUCCUGUAAUAAAUAGAAUUAUGUUGAAAAAUAUUUUAAUGAAUGAUGGUGAUGCAACAAUACCCUUUGGAUUAGCUGUUUACACUGAUCGCGCUGAGGGCGGGACAAGUUUACACGAUGGACAAAUAGAGAUUAUGCUACAUCGUCGCUUAAUGCGUGAUGAUGGUUUCGGUGUUGGUGAACCAUUGAUGGAAAGUGGUGCAGACAGGAGAGGUUUGAUAGUCCGAGGUGUACACCGAAUAAGAUUCGAUGAACUGAAGAUUAUUGAAUCAGAGGAUAGAAUAAUGGCUCAUACUGUAAGCAGACCAAUUUUCCCAUUAUUUAUGCCAGCUAAACACCAACCGAAACCAACACAAGUCAAUGGUUGGAGUGGUAUCAAUAUUGCCUUACCAAAGCAUAUUCAUUUACUCACCUUAACUUCAUGGCCGUUGAACAGAGCCAGUCUACCUGAUCCUAGAGUACCGAAUCAAAUUCUAAUUCGAUUAGAAAAUUUAGAACAACCGAAUAAUAAUCAAACCAUAAAACCAUGUCGUAUAGAUGUCACCAAUCUAAUCAAGGAUGUAAUAAUAACUGGCAUGAAAGAAAUGACUUUGACAGCUGAUCAACUGAAAGCUGAGGCUAUUUCAAAUAGAUUAAAAUGGCCGAAUGAAGCCAAUUUAAACAAUAAUCAAAACCCAGUAGCUACUGAACAUAAAUGUAACACGAUUGACAAUAUUAAUAAUGCAGAUGGCGUAAUACUAAAGGUUGAACCGGGUAGAAUCGCAACUUAUGUCCUUGAUUAUAUAAUUGCCGAUUAUAAAAGUAACUAUUAUUAUGGUUCAUUUUUUAACUAA